AUGCCAUCCUACAAGUACGAGCACCUCGAGGCGGGCGACCGGUCGCCUCUCUCUUGCGCCGUGCCAGAAUUCGUGCCCACGACAGAAGAAGACUCCGCCUCGCGUAGGGGCUCGCAUCUUCCUUGGACGAGUUCUUCCAACCGGGCGGGAGCGACGGUCUUGGUUUGGCUCUUAAGGAUCAUGCGGCUAGUUUGGAUGGUCAUCGUUGCCGCUGCGUCCUUGGUUGUACUUGCAGAUAUAGGCCGGAGUUUGCACGGAGUCGCUAUCGGUAGUGACCACUCCGGGAACGUCCCGGCCUUCCCGAGCGCGAUCAAGUACUUUGACUACGUUCCAGACUUUACCGUUGAUGCUGCCGAAGCAUCAGAUGCUGAGGUUGACGGCCUUCGAGAGCGAUGGAGCGAACUGAUUCCAAAGGGCAGAGGAUGGACACAUGUAACCCACGGCCUAGACCAACUAAGUCCACCCUCGAGCGACGCAGAAGGCCAUGAGGUUCACGCGAUUGCCGUGUUCCACGAAAUUCAUUGCCUAUACACCAUCAUGGCCGACUACAACAACGCGGUCCGCAACAAGACCACCAUGCCGGCCCACGUCCGUCACUGCUUCGAGUACCUACGCCUGACCAUCAUGUGCCACGCCGACACGACGCUCGAGGGCAGGCCUGACGUCAUCCCCGACACCAUGUUCCAACCGGGCGUGAUGGGGUCGCGUCACGUUUGCAAGGACUACGACGCUGUCAAGGCCUGGGCUGCAGAUCACCGCACCAAUGAACAGACGGGUAUCCUGAACGUUCAACACCACGGAUGAUUGAUAGAUUUCGGGGAUUGUCGAGGAUGUAAAGAAAUACUCAUAUUAUCGUAAGUAGAGGGGUCCAGCAAGUAUCGGAUGCUACGCAUGUUGAGAUGAUCAGUUUGUUUCUUGCUUGAGAUGGUAUCCUUGCUGGAAAAAUUAAAUCGCCGCGUUUAGAUACACAGCAGCUCGCAGUGCUAAAAGUUAACAUAUACUCUCCCUUCCCACCCUCUAAGUGUUGGUAUCACCGUGACCCGUCCGUCCUCAGGUUCCCCCACAAUAGUAUCAACCAGUAAUUGUACCUCGGCCAGUCCACAGCCCAUCGCUGCGGCAACAUCGACGCAUUUUUGUUCUUCACCUGAGAAAUUUAGUACGACAAGGCACUUUUUGGCUUUCCAGUCAUGUCUCCUGGCGUAGGUCCCUUGACCCUCCUGCUUGAUAUACGCAAAGAUGUACUCAUUGUCCGGAUCCAGCAGUCUGAAGGUACCAUGUACCAUCAGCUCCCGAUGUCUCUUCCUCAGCACCAAUACAAGUCGGUAGAACUCCAAAACGCUCUCCUUUCUGCCAGUCUGCGCGGCCACGCUAACCUCAGCACCACCGCCACGACAUUCUGCGUCUUGGACAACUCGCAUCCACGGCUUGCAGUCAUCUCUAGACUGCCCAAAUCCAGCAUUGGGUGCACCACCAUCCCAUCGCAUUGGUAGUCGACUGUGGUCUCUCGCAAGAAUCCUCAGGCCAUGCAUCGUCUUGUUUAUCCUGUUCAUAUCACCACUUCCAGCCGCCUCCUUAUAAAAGCCCUGGCUCUCAACAUCCUUGUACUCCUCAAUGCCCCAAUUCUCGGGCAUGUUGGUCAUCCCAAUCUCCUGCCCUUGGUACAAGAACAAGGUUCCCGUCAGCGUAGCCUGCCACAGUGCAAUACAUCUCGCGCUGGCCCGCCAAGCCUCGGGCGAGCGGUCGUCUCCAAACCUGGACACGGCCCGGCCGUUGUCGUGGUUCUCGACAAAGGCCGUAGUCCAGCCGUCUGUGCCCUCGAUAAAGGUCUGCCAGGUUUCUGUGAUGCGCUUGAGGCGUGACAAUGGGAACGGAGUGUGUAUAUACUUAGCACCAAAGCCGUCUCCGGUUCCUAACCUGAUAGCGGAGAACUCAAAAAUCAUGUCCAGCUCCCUACGCGACGCGGACACGUAUUCAAGGACCUGCGAGGGGCCUUUGGUCAUGUUACUCAGCUCCCCGACGCUAACGGCACUGGGAUAUCGGUGGAGUGUUUCGGCUGCCAUCUCUCGGAUGUACUCAUGGAUUAAAGGGCCGUUGCACCACAUGUCCGGAGCCGGCUGCGUAUAGCUGCUGGGAUCCGUCACUGGGACAUCGACGUACUCCCUCUUGGAAUAUUUGUUGACUGUGUCUAUGCGAAAGCCAUCAACCCCACGGUCGAGCCAGAAGUUCAUGGUCUCUCUGUAGACAGCUCGUCGGCAAUCUUUAUUGUCCCAGUUCAGAUCAGGCUGCUCGGGAGCAUACAGGUGAAGGUAAUACUCUUGCGUCUGUUCGUCCCAUGUCCAAGUUGGGCCGGCAAAGUAGCCCCGCCAGUUAGUCGGAGGGAGCCUUUCACCGGUGAUGGGAUCAUAUCGUGCCGGCUUCCAUAUGUACCAGUGACGCUUUGGGCUCGCCCUGCUGCUCCGGCUCUCCUUGAACCAUGAAUGCUCGACGCUCGUGUGAUUGACCACCAAGUCCAGAAUUAGCUUCAUCCCCCGGGCAUGACAGCCCGCAAGCAGUGCGUCAACGUCAGCAACGGUUCCAUAAGGCGCGUAUAUGCUCUGAUAGUCCGAGACGUCGUAUCCCAUGUCGGCUUGAGGGCUAUCGAAGACGGGAGAUAGCCAGAUGCAGUCCACGCCAAGUUCAGCGAGGUAAUCGAGCUUCGUGAUCAAGCCCGGAAUAUCACCCCACCCAUCCCGAUCGCUGUCGACAAAGCUGGCUGGGUAGACUUGGUAAAAGACGGCAUCUUUCCACCACGGUGACUUGCCAUACAGCCGAUGUGAGGGGUCGGUUUCUAGGUCUAAUGCAACGCUACCCAUAUUGAGAACGAAAGGAGUAGUCGAUCGAGUGCUAUACUAGCAAUGUUGAAGUGUUGGGAAGCAAGUAGAACUAGAGGGCAGCGGAUGAUGAAAAAGUCCAAGAUGUCACUUAAUACGAGUCUGGAUGACACUCUUCGCUCUUUCUUCAUUGAUCUAACCUGGCGAGAAGUUGUAAUGAAAACAGUAUUGACUCAGGGUCGGCCGCCUUGAGACGUAAAGUUUCGCCAUGAUAAGCAUCUCCGCCGAAGCUCCGACAGCAAACCUGGAUAUGAAUG